GAAUAAAGAAGAGGUUUCGUUCUAGGACAUCUGAAUGGUUAAGCAAUAACAUUGGUCGGGCAAGACAUCAGAACAAGAAGCCGGAGUGGAUAUGUGAUGGUGACUAGAUGUUGUUGAAAUAGUAUUGGGGGUCUGAUUCAUUCAACAAGAAGAGUGUUGCCGGGAAGAAAAACCGCAACUCCCAGAAGGCGAAGGAGUCACAGUAUCGUGGCGGGCGGAUUCCGGUCAGUAGACAUGUUGAAAAAUGACCAAAGAUUUGAAUCGGGCGCCUCUUAAGAUUGAAGUGUAUGAGAAGGUGUAUGUUCCCAAGGAAGGUGAUCCUCCACAGCGUGCUGUUGAGACUCGGCAAAAGUACAAUGAGUUGAAGGUGCAGGCUGAAUCUCAAGGGAAAUUGUACGAGGUUGAUGAUUCUGAGCUUUUCUGCAAGGUGGUUCCAACUUAUCGAGGACGGCGGUACAGGACGGGGUCUAAAGCGGAGUCUCUGUCCGGAAGUGUUGAAUGUUCAAGCCGGCACUCGGGGCCCACCCAACAUGAGAUUGAUACCCUUAUCCAAACGCAAG